GUAAGAAAUGGGUAGCCAAAAGAAGAAGGCUCAGAUGUUUGUAAAACUUGUGUCUGCUGCUGGAACUGGAUUCUUCUAUGUAAAGAGGAAACCAAGACAGUUUACAGAGAAGCUUGAGUUUCGUAAGUUCGAUCCUCGAGUUAAUCGCCACGUUCUCUUUACAGAAGCUAAAAUGAAGUGAUAUACUGCAUCUUUCAUCAAUGUAAUGUAACCAUCCUGUACUGCUUUUUGAGAUAAUUAUCACAUUUGAUACAAAUGUUUGAAUAAUGCCAAUCAUUUUAUUGUCUAUGUCAAUGCUAUUUUCUGUUUAGACUCGUUGUUAGUUGUAGUACUAUUUGGGUGUUUUUGUUUGAACUCAUCUAAAUUCAUUUGUAUCAACAACUUUUCAAGAUGUAUAAUGAUGAUAUCUUUUUCCC